GCUCGAUCCGUCGAUUUUAGGAGCUAAUUGGGUAUUUGAAGAAGAAUUGUAAUGGCUGGAGAAAAGAACAUUGAGAAAGAUCAGCCAUUGGCAACAGAAUUGAAGUCAGAUCCCAUCAGUAAAUCAGCUGAGCGUGAUGUGACUUCUGGAAACAAUGGAAUACGUUCUGACUUAACAACCACCAUGGCCUCCUUGGGGGAUACACCUUCUAGCAUGAAAGGUGAGACUAAUCAAGAGUCAGUUGGAGAGCAUGGUGCUCGCAGUCAACCUACUGUCUUUGACAACUAUUUGUACCCAGCAUAUAAUGGACCAUUUACUCAAGUGGACAAUAAUGGAUAUUUUCAUACAGAUCCCUCUCAUUCGGGUAUGCAAUCUGACAAUGGUUCACUUAUCUAUUAUCUGCCUGGCUACGAUCCAUAUGGGACGGGAGCUAUUGUUGGUGUUGAUGGGCAAUGUGUUGGUCAACAACCAUAUUUUUCAUCCUCGGGAUAUCUCCAACACCCUGUUUCCUAUGGAGCAGAAGCUAUGCCAUGCUAUACAUGGGAUUCAACAUAUGUUGGAGAUGCUCAAAAUGGAAAUUCUGCUGGUUCUGGAAAUGCAAAAUAUGGUAGCUCUACUGCUUAUGGAAAGUCGAAUAGCUUGAACUAUAUGAAAACAAAUGGAAACGUUACUAACAAAUUUUCUAAGUGUUCAUAUGCACAACCUACGAAACCACUAACCAAGCAGGUGCCUCAAUUGGGUUCUGAUUUUGCAGCAGGCCUUUUGAAGGGAUACCCCUCCACAGGAAAGUACUCAUCAUUUGCUAACCAAAAACAAGGUCUUUACCCACCCAACAGUCAGGUGAACUACAAAACAAAUGGGAGGCUGUGGAAUGGAAAUGAUAGAUAUAAGUCAAGAGACAGAUUUAGUAGAAAUGGUGAUUUGGAAUCAGCGGUUGAACUAACUCGUGGUCCAAGGGCCCACAAUAAGAGUGCCCCUUUGGACUUUUCAGUCAAGAAGGAAGAGUUGGGGGUAGCAGUAUGUAGAGAUCAAUAUAACUUACCAGAUUUCCAAACUGAGUAUGAAAAAGCAAAAUUUUAUGUCAUCAAGUCCUACAAUGAAGAUGACAUUCAUAAGUGCAUUAAGUAUGACGUAUGGGCAAGCACUCCAAAUGGUAAUAAGAAGCUAGAUGCGGCAUUUCGUGAGGUAGAACCGAAAACAAGCAAAACAGGAGCAAAAUGUCCUAUCUUCCUCUUUUUCUCGGUUAAUGGAAGUGGACAAUUUGUUGGCUUAGCUGAGAUGAUUGGGCAAGUAGACUUUAACAAAGAUAUGGACUUUUGGCAACUUGACAAGUGGAAUGGGUUCUUCCCAGUAAAGUGGCACGUAGUCAAAGAUGUUCCUAAUGCUCAAUUACGGCAUAUCAUUCUUGAAAAUAAUGAAAACAAGCCUGUAACCCAUAGCAGAGACACUCAAGAGAUUGGGUUACAGCAAGGUUUAGAAAUGCUGAAGAUUUUCAAGGGUUGCUCAGCAAAAACAUCAUUGUUAGAUGAUUUUAACUUCUAUGAAACCCGAGAGAAGUCUCAAAAUGUUAAAAAGAGCACUAAGCCAGCUACUCAGAGGAUUAAGGAUGACGGUUUCCCAAAGCAUGUGAAAGCAGGAGAUAGGAAUUUUGAGGAGUCUCUCAUCAAUCUAACAAAAAGUCUCUCCCUCAUUGCAUCCCCCACCCAGGAGAUGGGCACCGUAAUGAAAUCGAUAGAAAACUCUGUUCCUUCUGUUGCUGCUGCACCAUAAGCAUUUUUUUGAGCUUGAAGAUUCGUGUAGUUCUAGUGGCUUUUCUUGCCUUUUCUUUCUUUUUGUUUGUUGGUUUUAAUUUGGGGUUAUAGGGGAGAUUGGCCUCUCUGGUAGGUAUUUUACUAUUUAGCUUUGUUAAGGAGUGAAUGAGAUUUAAUAGUUUAAUUGGAGUUUGGUUUCAUUUUCCAGAAAAAGCAAAAGGAAAAAAAAAGUUGCCAUUUUGUGCUUGAA